GAUCCAGGAGCGAAAGCGGAACGUGUUCAGUGAGUUCAGUCUCCGUUUAAAGAGAACAGAGAAGGAGGAAAAGUUAAAUAAACACCAAGAAAAAGAAGAAACGAUGAGGAGUACCACGAGGGUUCUGAUGACUCAAGAAAAGAGAAGAAUCCAAAAGGAACCAGCAGUGCCCAGGAUUCAAUCAUGAGGUCUGCACGCCUUGAGGUUACACUCAUCAUCUUACCCAGUACACCACUGAGGAACCCUUCACACUUGAAGAUGCUUCUGGCGUGCUUUUAAGCCUACACUUUGAGAGCUGUGCCUAAAAGUUGCUAAAAUCAAACCAGAUUUGAACGCUGAACCUAACUUCACAAGGACAACCUCUUAACCUCUAAACCACUGCUCUGUUUAGGUGAUGUGAUGUGUUCGAUGUUGUAUUUAUAGUUUAUUUGGAAAAAAAAACACUUUAAGGUAUGGAGGACUUGAACCAACAACCUUACUUCGCAGCAGCCUCUUAUCUCGUUGAGCCACUGCUCUAGAUUAUGUUGAAAUAAAGACUGUGGGUUGGACCUGUUCUGUGGGUUUGUGGUUCCACAGCAUCAGGCUGAACUGGGUUCAUGUCAGGACUAAAACCUGGUUCCAUAGAGAACUGAUGAGGUGUCUGUACCUGUCUGAGCCUGUUUGACUCCACCUGAGGAAUGUGGCUCCGGCUCUUUGUGAUGAAGAUGACACAUGCUACCUGUGCAGCUCAGUGUGUUCACAGACACUUGACUUCAGGAGCAGAGAGAGUCCAGUGUCACUAAGUACUGACUACACACACUGUGUGUGACUAGUUCCUCUCAUUUAGUCAGUAAAGUCAAAGGUUUUAGGUCUAAACUGAGUUCAAAGCUGUGUGUAUCAGAGGAUUUCCACUGAACAAACACAGGAAGCUUCUCCACCUUGUUUCCAUCUUUAUUGCAUCUCACGUCACAUGUCACACGUUGAGUCUGUAAAGUCAAGUGUGAAAUCUGCAGAGUGUUCAACUCAGUGAGAUGAGACCAACAUCAUGACAAACAACCAUGAUAAACUCUAGAUGUGUAAACAUUCAUCCAGGGACUUGUUGUUGUUCGUUCACAUGAUGUAGUUCAUGGAAAAGAGCAGAAACUGAACCAUUAGUGAUGUUAAACAAUGAGUCUGGUCUGUGUUCACACAGAGUUAUGAUCACACUAAUGAAACUGGAGCUAAAGUCCUGCAGGAAAUGUGGAAUAAUGUCUUUGUCUAACUUCACUAUGUCACUCGUGGCCUUCAUGUGAAGCUCCUCAAUGCCUGAAGUCACUCAAAGUGACCGUAACACAGUUAUUUUACUUACGAUAAGUAUUUAUGUGCAGACAUAAUGAAAACAUAUCAAAAGGCAGCACAGACAGUGCAGGUUCAGCAGCUUGGUUCUACUUUUCCAUCCAUCGCUGUACAUCUGGUUCUGAAACACACACUAAUAGUUGAACUUCACCUGGACGACAGACAGACAGUCAGUUUAACAGCAUCAGUGAACAGGUUGAACUCCUCCUCUGCUUCUUCCCUCUGUGAUGGAGCUGCACUCCUACAGUACAAACUUGUAGUUAGAGGACGACCUCCCUACCAGCUGUGUUUAGAUGGAACCAUGACCUCUGCUGCCUUCUCCACCUGUACACAAUCUAUGAAGACACUUUCUCACAGCUACAGUAAUUGAACUCAUAACGCAUAUUUACUUAUUGUAUAAUCUUUUAUUUUACAGUUUCAAUACCCUGCUUAACUCGUUACCUGACACUGUAACUGAUGUAAACAUGAAAUAGUGGAACAGCCAAAAAAAUGCUUUGUUGAAAAUCCUACUUUUUUCCUCUGAUUGAACAUAAAACAGCAUCUUUUAGGUAAAUAAAAUAACAUUGAGUUAAACAUUACAGUUUUAUUAGAUUAGUCCCAGCAGCAGCCAAGUUACUAAGAACAGAAUAUACGUAACAUAUUGGAAACAGUUUGGAUCUCUGUCAUCCUGUGGCAUUGCUGCUUUAUUACUCUGCUGAUUCAGAUCUCCUGGUUCUUUUUCUAACUUCGCCUGGUGUUUCACUAUGGGAAUCGCCUCGGCGUGACCAACCAUGGAAGCUCCAAUGACACAACGUCUGUCAGAGACAGACAGGCCGAGCCGGUUUCUUAUAAACUGAGAGGGGGCGGAGCCUCAGUGAUCACGUGAUCCAGGUAUACGAGCGAAACCGAAGGUUUUCAGUGAGUUCAUACUCCAUUUAGAGAGAACAGAGCAGACGGAGGAAAAGUUAAAUAAACACCAGAAGGAAGAGGAAUAAACGUUGAGGAGCAGGUGUUUAGCUCUGGAUCUGUGGCUUUUUCAGAAGAUGAGUGUUUGUGUGGAGGAAGAGGACGGAGCAGAGUCUCCAGGAUCCAGAUGUGUGUCUAUGAAGAAUGACUGGUCCAGAUGUGAACCUCCAUCAUUCAGUCCUGAACCUGGAGCCUCAGACACAAAAGUCCAGGACCAGAGACAAAAAGCAGAACCUCCAGGACCCAGCUGUCUGUCUAUGAAGAGUGACCGGUCCAAAGAUAAUCCUCCAAACCUCAGUAAUGAACCUGGAGCCUCAGACACAAAAGUGGACCAGCAGAGCUCAGAGGUUCCCAGUGCUCAGUCUGUCCAGCAGCACCAAACACACCUGGACUCCAUAUUUAUGCUGCUGGAGGAAAACAUUGUCACGUUUGUGAAGAAGGAGCUGAAGAAGAUCCAGAAGGUUCUGAGUCCAGAUUACCCAGAAUGCUUAGAGAGUCAGAGGGAGGAUGAGGAGGAGAUGGAUGGUGAGGAUGAAGAGCAGAGGAGGAGCAGCAGAGACGCGUUUCUGAAGAUCACAGUGAACUUCCUGAGGAGGAUGAAGCAGGAGGAGCUGGCUGACUGUCUGCAGAGAUCUUCUGCUGCACUUUGUCAGGAUCAACUUAAAUCUCGCCUGAAGCAGAAGUUCCAGUGUGUCUUUGAAGGCAUCGCUAAAGCAGGAAAGCCAACCCUUCUGAACCAGAUCUACACAGAGCUCUACAUCACAGAGGGAGGGACUGGAGAGGUCAACGAUGAACAUGAGGUCAGACAGAUUGAAACAGCCUUCAGGAAACCAGACAGAGCAGAAACAAGCAUCAGACCAGAAGACGUCUUUAAAGGCUCAGCUGGAAGAGAUGGAGCCAUCAGAACAGUGAUGACAAAGGGAGUGGCUGGCAUUGGGAAAACAGUCCUAACACAGAAGUUCACUCUGGACUGGGCUGAAGAAAAAGCCAACCAGGACAUACACUUCACAUUUCCAUUCACCUUCAGAGAGUUGAAUGUGCUGAAAGAGCAAAGGUUCAGCUUGGUGGAACUUGUUCAUCACUUCUUCACUGAAACCAAAGCAGCAGGAAUCUUCAUUUUUAAACACUUUAAGGUCGUUUUCAUCUUGGACGGUCUGGAUGAGUGUCGACUUCCUCUGGACUUCAACAAGACUAAAACCCUGACUGAUGUCACAGAGUCCACCUCAGUGGAUGUGCUGCUGACAAACCUCAUCAGGGGGAACCUGCUUCCCUCUGCUCACCUCUGGAUCACCACACGACCUGCAGCAGCCAAUCAGAUCCCUCCUGGGUGUGUUGACAUGGUGACAGAGGUCAGAGGGUUCACUGACCCACAGAAGGACGAGUACUUCAGGAAGAGAUUCAGAGAUGAGCAGCAGGCCACAACAAUCAUCUCCCACAUCAAGACGUCACGAAGCCUCCACAUCAUGUGCCACAUCCCAGUCUUCUGCUGGAUCACUGCUACGGUUCUGGAGGAUCUGCUGGAAACCAGAGAGGGAGGAGAGCUGCCCAAGACCCUGACGGAGAUGUACAUCCACUUCCUGGUGGUUCAGACCAAAGUGAAGAACAUCAAGUAUGAUGGAGGAGCUGAGACAGAUCCACUCUGGAGUCCAGAGAGCAGGAAGAUGAUUGAGUCUCUGGGAAAACUGGCUUUUGAGCAGCUGCAGAAAGGAAACCUGAUCUUCUAUGAGUCAGACCUGACAGAGUGUGGCAUCGAUGUCAGAGCAGCCUCAGUUUAUUCAGGGGUGUUCACACAGGUGUUUAAAGAGGAAAAAGGGCUGUAUCAGGACAAGGUGUUCUGCUUCGUUCAUCUGAGUGUUCAGGAGUUUCUGGCUGCUCUUCAUGUCCAUCUGACCUUCAUCAACUCUGGAGUCAACCUCAUGUCACAAAUAUCCUGGUUUAAACAUUUUAUGAUGAAACAUAGAACUUCACAGUUCUACCACGUUGCUGUGGACAAGGCUUUAGAGAGUCCAAAUGGACACCUGGACCUGGUCCUCCGCUUCCUCCUGGGAUUUUCUCUUGAGAAAAACCAGUCAUUCUUACAAGGUUUGAUGACACGGAUGAGUAGUAAUUUACAAACCAAUCAGGAAACAGUUCAGCACAUCAAGAAGAAAAUCACAGAGUUUCCUUCUGCAGAGAAAAGCAUCAACCUCUUCCACUGUCUGAAUGAGCUCAAUGAUUGUUCUUUAGUAGAGGAGAUCCAACACUAUCUGAAAUCAGGAAGUCUCUCCACAGAUAAACUGUCUCCUGCCCAGUGGUCAGCUCUGGUUUUCAUCUUAUUGUCUUCAGCAAAUGAUCUUGAAGUAUUUGAGCUGAAUAAAUUCUCUGCUUCAGAGGAGGCUCUUCUGAAGUUGCUGCCUGUGGUCAAAGCUUCCAACACGGCUCUACUGAGUCGCUGUAACCUGUCAGAGAGAAGCUGUGAAGCUCUGUCCUCAGUUCUCAGCUCUCAGUCCUCUAGUCUGAGAGAACUGGACCUGAGUAACAACAACCUGCAGGAUUCAGGAGUGACGCUACUGUGCGCUGGACUGAAGAGUCCUCACUGUCGACUGGAGACUCUCAGAUUAGGUGGCUGCAGUUUGUCAAAGAUCAGCUGUGAUUCUCUGGUCUCAGCUCUGAAGUCCAACCCAUCACAUCUGACACGACUGGACCUGAGUAACAACAACCUGCAGGAUUCAUCAGUGAAGCAUCUGUGUGGUUUUCUGGAGAGUCGUCACUGUCGACUGGAGACUUUGAGAUUGAGUGGCUGCAAUUUGUCAGAGAUCAGCUGUGAUUCUCUGGUCUCAGCUCUGAAGUCCAACCCGUCACAUCUGACACAACUGGAGCUGAGUAACAACAACCUGCAGGAUUCAUCAGUGAAGCAUCUGUGUGGUCUUAUUGAGAGUCGUCACUGUCGACUGGAGACUCUGAGACUGAGUGUGUGUGACCUGUCAGAGAGAAGCUGUGAAGCUCUGUCCUCAGUUCUCAGCUCUCAGUCCUCUAGUCUAAGAGAACUGGACCUGAGUAACAACAACCUGCAGGAUUCAGGAGUGAAGCUACUGUCUGUUGGACUGAAGAGUCCUCACUGUCGACUGGAGACUCUCAGGCUGUCAGGCUGUCUGCUCUCAGAGGACGCUUGUGUCUCUUUGGCCUCAGCUCUGAGCUCCAACCCCUCCCAUCUGAGAGAGCUGGACCUGAGCUACAAUCAUCCAGGAGACUCAGGAGUGGAGCUGCUGUCUGCUGGAGUCAAGAAUCCACACUGGAGACUGGACACUCUCAGGGUGGAGCCAGGUGGAGUCCGAUGGUUGACACCAGGUCUGAGCAAGUAUUUCUGUCAACUCACCAUCGACACAAACACAGUGAACAGGAAACUACAACUGUCUGACAACAACAGGAAGGUGACACGUGUGGAGGAGUAUCAGUCAUAUCCUGAUCAUCCACACAGAUUUGACUACUGGUAUCAGCUGCUGUGUAGUAAUGGUCUGACUGGUCGCUGUUACUGGGAGGUUGAGUGGGGUGGAGACGUUGAUAUAUCAGUGAGUUACAGAGGAAUCGGAAGGAAAGGACGCAGUAAAGACUGUUUGUUUGGAUUCAACGAUCAGUCCUGGAGUCUGAUCUGCUCUGAUGAUGGUUACUCUGUCAGACACAAUAACACAUUUACACCCAUCUCCUCCUCUGUGUCUCACAGAGUAUCAGUGUAUGUGGACUGUCCUGCUGGUUCUCUGUCCUUCUACAGAGUCUCCUCUGACAAACUGAUCCACCUUCACACCUUCAACACCACAUUCACUGAACCUCUUUAUCCUGGGUUUGGGGUUAGGCACAGUUGGCCUGGUUCCUCAGUGUCUCUGUGUGAUGUGUCAUAGUGAGUUUGAUCCUGUCAGGGAAACAUUGUCACUGUGAAACAUAGUUCAGUCUGUUCACGUCUGUCUCAUUUUCAGAUUCAUGUAUUAAACCAGUAUUAGAUGUAUGUACUUGUGGAUUGUGUGAUCUUUGCAGUACACCUCUUUUCCCAUUAUCUUUCAUUUUCCUCUGUUAUUGAAAUAAACUGCAAAAAUGUCUCUCAUCAGCUCCUUUAUUACAGUUGAUAAAUAGUUGUGUUGCUCCCAUUUAUUGAUUUUUCCAUGAAUCAUUUCAUUUGAAGUAUUAUUCACUGUUCUUCUGACAAACACUGAUCAAGUUGUUUGAGAUUGUGUGCUAUAAUAUAAUAAACAUGUAUGUAACCUUUAA